CCACAUCUGGAUGAAAAACAUCUGGACUUCUCUCCCCGCAUACAUGAGCGUCUCCGUGCCGAAGACCGACCGACCGACGGACUGACCGAGCGUCGCUGUGGUUCUCCGGCUGACUUUGCCCGCAGAUGAUGGCUCGGCGCUGGACGCGUUGGACCGGGAUCCUCGUCCUCAUGACCGCCUGUGUUCCAGUUGUGGUCCAGUCUUUCAGCCACCUGAGCUCCAACCUGUGUAAGUGGUGUGAGGUGUCCAGUCCGGUGUGUAAAGACAGCGUCUGCAUUAGUAACUGCACCCUGUCCUCCUUCUGCACCGUCACAGAGGAGAUCUGCAUCGCCAUAUGGAGGAAGACCAACGACACAAUGACAGUGCACACUAUGUGUCAUCACCCCGCUCUGCCACUAGAGGGCGUAGAUCCCGGCCUGCUGCUCAACUUCACCUCCAGAGAGUGUCACAUGGUCAAACAGCCUGCAGAAGACGGAGCCAUGAUGGUCUGUGGCUGCCAGGGAGAACACGAAUGCAACGACAAACUCAUCUUCAACAAGGGAGCCAACGGUUUCUUCAAGCUGCAGAGUAAAGAUGUGAUCCCGGUGGUGGUGGUUAGUUUGGUGCCUCCCGUCCUGGUGGCCAUAGUCGCCACCGCCGCCUUCUACUUCUACCGAACACACCGCCCCGACAAACCCGGCCCUCCUGCACGCCCGCACUGGCCCACCAAACGCACCCCUGAGCUCUACCAGGCUUUGGACCUGCCGUGUGGGGGCCGGGGGGCUCAGGCGGAGGGCGGAGGAGAAGGUGUUACUGGUCCUGGAUCUGAAAGGGAGGAGUCUAAUGCCAAAGUGCCAUCUCUCAACAAAGACAUCAUCAGUGACAUCACAAACUGGCAAGGCAAACCGUCCGAACUGCUGCCCAUCAAAUUGGAGGUCCUGGUGGGGAAGGGGCGCUUUGCUGAAGUGUGGAGGGCAUGCCUGCUGCAGGGUGAGAAUGGUGGAGUUAACAGUUAUGAAACUGUGGCAGUGAAGGUUUUUCCAGCUGUAGAGUACACCUCGUGGAGAAACGAGUGCUCCAUUUUCGCCGAUCCCAAACUGGAGCACGACAACGUGGUUCGAUUCCUUGCGGCUGAAGAGAGGGGUCUGCCCAGUCCCGCCCUCAGGAAGUACUGGCUGGUUUUGGCCUAUCACAGCCUCGGGAACCUGCAGGACUUCCUCACAGCAAACACACUGAGCUGGGAAGAACUUGUUGCCAUGGCAGGCAGCAUUGCUAAAGGGUUGGCUCAUCUCCACAGUGACACAACACCCAGCGGGGUACCAAAGGUGCCAGUUGCCCAUCGGGACCUGAAGAGCAGUAACAUUGUGGUAAAGAGCAGGAAGGAGUGCGCUCUGUGUGACUUUGGUCUGGCGUUAAGACUGGACCUCUCCCUCACUGUCGAGGACUAUGCCAACAGUGGACAGGUGGGGACAGCUCGCUACAUGGCUCCCGAGGUACUUGAGUCCAGGGUGAACCUGGAGGACCUUGAGGCCUUUAAACAGAUGGAUGUUUACUCCAUGGCGCUGGUCCUCUGGGAGAUGGCCUCCCGCUGUCACGCCAUAGGAAAGGUGGAGAGCUACGAGCCGGCAUUUGGCUCCAAGGUUUGUGAGCAGCCCUGUGUGGACAGUAUGAGAGACCUGGUGCUGAGGGACCGAGGACGGCCUGACAUCCCCUCAGCGUGGACGCAGCACCAGGGGAUGAGUGUCUUCUGCUCCACCAUCACUGAGUGCUGGGAUCACGACCCAGAAGCCAGAUUGACGGCUCACUGUGUGGUUGAGCGCUUCAAUGCCCUGCAGCAAGAAGAGGAGGAGGAGGAGGAGGAACAAGAGGAGGAGGAGGAGGAAGGACUGAGACCAGAAGCUGACAGAGAGGAGGAGGAACAGAGACAAAAGAACUCAGAGAUGCCAGACAAUGACCGGAAUCACUCCUUCUCCACUGCUGCUUCCUCGCCCUCCUCCUCUUCACCCCUCCAAGUUCAUCAGCCAAAGAGAGACGGUACAGAAGUAUCCGACGAUUCCCUGGUUCACACUGGUUCUGUGGUGUGAGCAGUUGACCUCGUCAUCCCACGCCAUGAGCCCUACUUCAUCCUGCUGAUGGCUGCGUUUACACUGCCUGAGUAACCUUUUACUGUUGCUGUAACAGGCCCUUAGCAGCCGAUUGUGAAGGGGCUAAUUAAUGACUACAAAUGGCCAAAAAAAUAAACUACAGUGCUAGAUCAUGAAGUUUUUUGAAUGAUACUGUGAUAACACACGUGAGUUUGUAAGAAACCCAACAACCUCAGUAUGAGCAUAUUGGCUGGUUUUAGAUGUGAUAGCGGUGUGGCUCUAGGGAUGGAAAUGUCAGUUGGUCGGUUCUUCCAUCACUUCGGUCCAGACUAAAAUAUCUCGACAAUCAUCAGAUGGAUUUCCAUGAGAUUUUGUACAAACAUUCAUGUUCCCCAGAAGAUGAAUUCUACUGACUUUUUUGAUCCUCAACUUUGUGUUUACAACUAAUUUGCUAAUGUUAGCAUGCUAAACUAAGAUGGUGAACAGGGUAAACAUUGGCAUGUUAGCGUUGUCAUUCUAAGCCUGUUAGCAUUUAGCUCAAGGCACUACUGGGUCUAAGUACAGCCUCAUAGAGGCGUUAACAUGUAGAUUUUUAGUCGGGUUAUUUACCAGUUUUCUGAAUUUAGUGUCUUAGCAAUUUGGUUGUUAUUCCCACUCUUACGACAAUAACAAGACUAAAAGGAAGCGCACAUCACCAGCAUAUGAUGUUUGACGCGUAUGAUCACAUUACGAUAAAUCUCUGUCCUGUUUUUUUCCGCAGUGAUGAUCCUCAAAUCUCCAGAGAAACAUUUGGUGCAGUUACAUGUACUAAUGUAACCAGGGUACAGUUCCUUUCUCUGGUAAGCUGAUCUCUUGAACACAUGUAGAGACCUGGUAUCCUUAACCGGGAUAUUACCUGCAUGUAAACGUGUUCUCCAAUUAGCUGCACAAUUUCUGAAUGACCCGGUUACUCAAAUGCACGGAUUGACACAUCCUGGCUACUGUACCCUGACUACUUCUUCUGCUCAUAUGAUGUCAGGUGUGUGCUAUUGUUGAAGAUCAAUGAUGCAUGUGAAAUAAUGUGAUUCACCACAUCCAGGCCAAUGUGGGUUGCACUUAAAGUGUUCACUGUGACGCUAGCAGCUAUAUCAGGCUGCAUUCAGGCACAGUGACAAUGUUAUCAUGGUUAAAUUUUCACCUGAUGGUGGCGCUAGAUGAAAAAUCAGAGGAUCACCAAAGUUAUUACGGUCCAUCCUGAGUGGAACAUGAAUAUCUGGAUCACAUUUCAUCACAGUCCAUCCAAUGGCUGUUGUGAUAUUUCAAUCUGGACCGACAUGUGGCUAACGUACAGUUUACACCAGUCAGUCCCAACAAUAAAACUGGUAACUGGUUUAAUGUUGUGAGUGACUGGUGCAGGUAAAUGAUCCGGCAGUGUGAACGUAGCCAUUGCCGCCCCACCUCCAACCGACAGACAGUACGAUUAUUACAAAUGUUUUCUCUUCGGGACAUCUUGGAUUUUUCACCUGUGGACCAGAGAGGACGGAAGUAUCCAAAGACUGACUUUGUGCCCUAAAUGAUGGACUCACUGUUGUCCCCAACAGAUAGUGUGCAGUCAGGGAUGUGAUGGGAACAAGCCUCAUCUGUAGUCUUCUCAUAGUCAUUGGUUCUGCUGGCAGAGACACACACUCAAUCUGUUUUGUUGUAUGAAAAUGUUUCAUUUUGUUGGAGCUGGUCUCCAUUUUGUUAUGUUCUUUAAUAGUGACUGUGAUUAUCAUUACUAUAACCUACUUGUAUGAAUUUUCUGACUGUGGAGGGUAUUUUUGUUAAAAAAAACAAUUAUAGCAAAAUUUGGACCUGCUCUGACUCUACACAGUAAAGAAUUGGUGAUUUUCCAUUUUCAAUCGUCAAACUUCUGCCAAAGAUUUAAUUAUAUGUGUAAUUAUUAAUUACACAUAAUUAUAUUCAGUGUUUUUGUUGUUUCCAAGAUGUAAAAAUGGAGAAGAAAGUCUUCCAGUAUACUUUGUAUAAUUUGUAGUUUACUGAAUACAAACACUGAAGACUUCAGUGUCUAAAAAUAGUUUUCCAUUCAACAUGAAACACAAAUACAGAAAGCCACCGUAGGAUGGAAAACACAGUAUCCAAACAAUGUUGUUUGUUUUGUAAUAAAGUAUGUUUUCUGUAAUUUA